AGACCAGAGAAGUUCCCCGUCAUUACUGCAUCACUCAGCUGAUACUUGAACAACAUCUUUACCUGACAGAGGAUCAACAUGAAGACUGUCCUGCUCCUCUCCGCUCUCCUCUAUGCUGCACUGGCAGUUCCAGCUGAAGACAAUCAGCAGACUUCAGCCCAGGAGUUUGAAGGAGCAGCCAAACCUCAAGCUCGUUUUAGCUUCUGUCCAGAUGGCUGGUUCAGCUAUGGUCCUCGCUGCUUCAAGUUCAUCAAUAGUCCCAGGUCCUGGUUCUCUGCUGAGGAGUACUGCAAUAGUCUGGGUGGCAAUCUGGCCUCAGUUACCAACCUCAGAGAGUACAGCUUCCUCCAACAGAUGACACAGACAGCGGGUCAGACUACUGCUUGGCUGGGAGGUUUCAGACUGCAGAACCAGUGGCUUUGGAUUGACCGUGAGGGUUUCUAUUACACCAACUGGUACAGCCCGUCCUCUUCCAGCACACACCCUUGCCUCUUCCUACGAUCCACCUAUGGUUGGGGUAACACUCUGUGUACUUCCAGUUAUUCUUUCAUCUGCUCUAAGAAUCCAUUUGGUUGUUAACAUUUAUGCUAAACAUCUGAGGCCUGUGGGUGGACCACAUUGUAUUUUUGUUCUGUUUAAAAGCAUAAACUCUGUUGUAUGUGUUAAUGAAUGGGAGAUUUUUCUUUAAUUUCUAAAAAUGUAUUCUUCAAAGACUUAAAUAAUGAAGUGCUAGUAAAUUUUAAACUUUGUUGGUCAGUGUAACA